AAGUGUCGACUGGAGAGGAGAUAAGGUGACUGAAAGGCACACAGAGCGUUAGGAAAUUAUGGAGGUUUAAAAAGGAGGCGUUGUGAAAUAAACAACAGAUCUCUUGAAGCCCUUCGUAAUGAAACUUGGUUCACUUGUGUUUGUCGCGGGCCUCCUAGUCGUUGGGAGGGUGAACGGGCAAGAGUGGUUGACAAAGUGGCCCACAAUUACGUCAUGCAUUUGCAAAACCGGCUACAACGCAAACAGUGCACUGCAGUUUUUAAAAAGCUGCACUCUUCCGGUUGAGCCUUGCGCCAAUUGCUUCUUGGCUUGUCAGCGUGAACAUAUGAAAGCGAUGUUAGCCACCGGUGCCGUAAAUGUUACAUUUUACACUUCACGAAAUAGCAAGCUAACUGCGGCGCAAGUCCAAGAGUGUGAUACGCCGUUAGCUAAUGAGAAGGACAAAUGCAAAAGAGCUCAAUUAUUUGACGCAUGCUUGAAGGCCAUAAAUCCAACCUGUCUCAGUUACUAGGACUUGGUUACGUGGUAACUUGAUAAUCAGCUAGAAAUGUACAUACUGUUAAUUCAAUAAACGUCAUCCUUUUUUCCAUCUAGGACGUAAAA